AUGGGUGUAUUUCCUCAGGGUAAACUACUUACUUGGGAACAAGCGAAACAAUACGCUGAUCAUAUUCGUAAUCAUGGAAUAAACCAGUUUUUGUCAAUUUAUAAUAAAGCAAAGGAUAGGGAAAAUGAUAGUUUAUUAUGGGGUGACGAGGUUGAAUAUAUGAUAAUUGUGUAUGAUGAUGAAAACAAGAAUGUAAAACUAUCAUUAAGAGCUCAGGAUAUUUUAAAAGAACUGCAAAAAGAAGUAGAAGAAGCAUUGAGAAAAGGUCAAGUAGUUGAUGCAUUGUGGCAUCCCGAAUUUGGAGCAUUUAUGAUCGAAGGAAUACCUGGUAUUCCCUACGGAAAUUCUCUAAAAAGUUUAACUCUAAUUGAACAAAAUAUGAAUCUUAGAAGAAAAAUUGCAUCUAAAUAUUUAAACUCAAAUGAAAGUAUUGUUACUUUAGUCAGCUUCCCACGUCUUGGUUGCUCAGGACAAUUCUUAGAGCCUCAUCAUGAGCCGCUUGGACCUGUCUUAAAAAGUUUAUUUUUGCCGGAUGAAGCCUUGAAUCCAUCCGCUAAAUUUCAAGCAGGAAAUGCUGGUGUUAUAUGUCGUCGAGGAUCAAAUUCCAUUCUUAAUGUACCGAUUUUUCAUGACAAAAAGAGCCAAAAUUUAUUUAUUGACCAUGAAGAAGCUUUACCAAAUCAUAUAUAUAUGGAUUCGGCAGUUUUUGCAUCUGGCUGCUGUUGUCUGCAAACAACCAUUCAAGCUUGUAAUAUUAAAGAAGCUAGGAAACUAUAUGAUCAAUUAGCAGUUUUCUGUCCUAUUAUGUUGGCAUUAACUGCAGCUGCACCAAUUUGGAGAGGUUAUUUGUCUGACAUAGAUUGUAGGUGGUUUACACUUGUGAAAACUGCUGAUGAUCGUACAAAAGAAGAACGGGGUUUAGAGCCUCUUAAGAAUGAUCGAUUCUUAAUAAAUAAGUCACGCUAUGAUUCGAUAGCUUAUUAUAUGUCGGAUGAUAAGGCUCUAAAGACAGAGUAUAAUGAUUUAAAUUCUGCGUAUGAUCAAAAUAUUUAUAAAAAACUAAUAGAUAAUGGGGUUGAUGGUCUUUUGGCACGUCAUAUAUCCCAUUUAUUUAUCCGUGAUCCUCUUUGGGUCUCUGAGGAAUCGUUGUUUCAAGAUGAUGAAUCGUUCUUAGAUCAUUUUGAGCACAUCAAUUCAACAAACUGGUACUCAGUACGUUUCAAACCUCCUCCUGCAAAUUCAGAUAUUGGCUGGCGGGUAGAAUUUCGUUGCAUGGAAGUUCAAAUAACUGAUUUUGAAAAUGCUGCAUUCGUAAUUUUCAUAGUACUUUUGACUCGCGUUAUUCUUAGUUAUGACUUGAAUUUUUAUAUACCAAUAUCAAAGGUGGAUGAAAAUAUAAUUAUGGCUUGUAAGAGAGAUGCAUUAAAUACUGAAAAAUUUUGGUUCAGAAAAAAUGUAUUUGCAAAUAGUCAUGGGAUUGAAGAUGAAUUUGAACAAAUGACUAUUAAUGAAAUUGUAAAUGGUAAUAAAGAUAAUAAAUUUCCGGGGUUAUUUAAUAUGAUGCUUCAAUACCUUGAUUCAGUAAAUAUUGAUAUUGAAACAAGAUAUCAUUUGGAAAAGUACCUUGAGUUUGUUGGCAUGCGCGCUAGUGGCAAAAUUCAGACUACAGCAACAUGGAUAAGAAAUUUCGUACGAUCUCAUCCAAAUUAUAAACUUGAUUCAAUAGUAUCUCAAGAAAUUAAUUAUGAUCUUAUAAAAAUGAUAGAAAAGAUACAAAAGGGUCAAGUUAUGAUGCCUGAAUUAUUGGGUGAAUUUAAAGUUCGUUAA